CUGCGAUUGUCAUACAAAUGACGGUGGUGACGGUUUCUUCAGCCCCCUUGUCGGUGGACCGUCACGAGCAUUUUUAUCUUGGAUCAUCAUAGGGGUGACCUUAUAUACUUCCUGUGGCCUCAUGCCUCAUCCCCUCAUCUUCAAGGCCACGAGAUCGAUUAUUUCUUUGUUGUUUCGGUCCAAAGAAGCUUUGUUUGCUGCGGGCGCAAGUCUCGAGUAUCUUUUUCUUUUUCUUCAGACCAGCUCGUACGUCAGUGGUUACCUUUUGAUUAUGAACUUGGCCCCUCCGCCCUUUUCGGUGCCAUCGUCGGCAGCAGACUCACAAGGCGGGGUUUCUGGGCUCGACAGUACGAUGGUAUAUGCUCCUUCUCAUCUAGACCCUCAUCCGGAAUCCAUGAGGAACCAUCCCGGACAACUGUCUGGUUUGGGGAUCUACCACUGCGCGAUGGAGUCGCUUCCUUCUCAGCCAAGGCUUGGUUCGAGGCCUCAGCCGAUGCACCUAUCUAUGAACGAAUGGCAGGGAAGCGCUAUGCCAGACCACAGUCUACCAAACACCUUUCUCAGCGCUGGUGGCAUCCCAGGAGAAGUAACAUAUCAGACUUAUGGAGCUCGCUCGAUACCAUCCAACACUACUCUCGACUUUGCGCAUUACCCGUCUCACAAUAUGGACCUCUCUCAGUGUUACGGCCAUGAAACAGCAUUCUGUUCGGACAGAGGCACAUUCUACGAUCAAUCGGGCAGCUCGUGGCCAGUCACACCAAGUUCCCGCGCUACGACGCCAUCAGUAACUCCAGUCAGAGUGAAAGAAGAGCUUGAUGGGGCCUGGGAGCCUCCGUUCUUUCGAGAUCCACGGGACGAGUGCCACGCGCAGACAAUGUCUACGAUUCCUCAAGUCGUGGUCGACAAUUCAUCAUCCCCUCAGAUUUCGCGCGGCCAGCUCAAUGGGAAAUUCUUCGGAGGCUCAGAGGUCGACUGGUCCACUCGACGUGGCCGGAGCAGCUCAGUAGAUCACUCGUCCAUCGAGCUGUCGCCAAAGUCGGAAAAGGAUAAUGAAGGGGUCGAUCUGGGCCGAGACGUUGCCUCGAUGAGUGGAUUGCAGUGCAACGUGUGUGGGUAUCUCUUCACUAGACGCUCAAAUUGCCGUGAACACAUGAAAAAGCAUGAUCCCAGCCAGAGGAAGGGUUACGAAUGCGAAACCUGUGCAAAGACGUUUGGGAGGAGAACAGAUCUAAAGAGACACGUCGAAAGCAUACACCACGGUACACGAAGAUUCGGUUGUGAUCAAUGCGGUCGACGGUUUACACGCCAUGACACUCUGACAAGACACUGCGCGGAUGGAUGCAAACGAAAGCAGCGGAAACACGACCGAGUCGAAAGUCCUACACACCAGGAACCUUCUGAACAAUAUCCUUCUCCGUCGCCUUCAUUCGAAAGUCCCUUAUAUGUGAGCCGAUUUGGUUCACUAGAACAACCGCUUACGACACGAAUUUCAUCCCAGCCAGGUCCGGUGAAGUCUCCGCUUGGCAGACCUCAUUCGCCAGCAAAACGAAAGUGAGGACACCGAAGUCUUUCACAAUCUCUUACUUUCCUUUUCUCUUCCUCUUAAUUACUGCAUCAUCGGGAUAAUAUGCAAUCCGGGGCGAAUAGAUAUUUGGAUAUUCAACUGUUGCUUUGGUCGCUACGAAGCUGCUCACUCUAACUCUUGACGUUUGCUACGUUACUAGGCCACAAGGGCGAUAAUUCCUGCG